AUGUCGGAGAGGAGGAGCCAUCGCCGGUCCUCCAGGGCUGGUGGCCGGGGGCGGACCCGCUCUCGCACCGUCCGAGCGGAGCUUUCGUUUUCGGUGAGCCAGGUGGAGCGCGGUCUACGGGAGGGCCACUACGCUCAGCGCCUGAGUCCCACGGCGCCGGUCUACCUCGCUGCGGUUAUCGAGUACCUGACGGCCAAGGUCCUGGAGCUGGCGGGCAACGAGGCCCAGAACAACGGAGAGAGGAACAUCACUCCACUGCUGCUGGACAUGGCGGUUCACAACAACAGGCUGCUGAGCACCCUUUUUGACACAACCACCAUCUCUCAAGUGGCCCCCGGCGGGGACUAG